AUGUCUCCUGAAGCCCUUGAACCACCAAAGGGUUCGGAUGCGAAAAGAUCGAAGGGAAAGAAGUCUAAAACCCACCUUGACCCGCUGAAAACCAUCACAGCACCUGGAACUUCUGUCCCUAGAAUAGCUCAAGCUUGUGACAGAUGUCGGGCAAAGAAGUCUAAGUGCGAUGGGAAGCGGCCCGCCUGUUCUGCCUGCGCUGCUGUCGGUAUCAAGUGUGUUGUAUCUGAUAAGCUAUCCAGAAGAGCAUUUCCCAAGGGAUAUACUGAAAAACUUGAAGAAAGAAUCCGUCAACUUGAAGCCGAGAAUACAAAACUUCAGGGCCUCCUUGACAUUCGGGAUGAACAGUUGGCGAUCAAUUCAUCCGUGGGGGAAACGACGAACGGUAGAUCCGAUACCGAUCUGGAUAGCCCCAGAACGAGUGAACCCAGGGCUGCUUCAAGUCUUCUGAAUCCACAUUCCGUUUUACAUACCCAUACACAUGGCGAUGGCUGUGCUUGUUGUUCAGGCAACAACGCUCUACAUGAAAGACCCGUCUCCCUAGCAGGCUCAGUGUAUGGUGAGUCGGGGACUGUGUCUGUUCCGCCAUCAGUGCUUAGCGGGGAUGAUGACGAUACACACAGCUUAUUGAGUCUAGAGGAUCCUCUGUUCAUGCACGAACCUGGUCUAUCCUCUAUAAGUCUGUUCAUAGGUUUUUCAAAUGGAGAGACCAGACCAGCUCCUGGUGCUUUCGCAGCAGCAACUGCCAUUGAGCAAAUGCACAAAGUGAAAAAUUCGGAGCAGCAGAAGUUGGAAGACGAAAACAAGCAACAAAUUUUGACCCAACUUCUAGCAGCCUCGAUUCCUAGAAGUACGGAAGAGACCCUCUUUAUUCCCACGCUCCUAGCUAAGGUAUGCCAAGUAUAUGGCUAUGGCUCAAGGCCAGCCAUAAUAACAGCAAAUGCCAUCGCGUCCCUCAAAGAGACACUUGAUUCCCUGUCAUUUCAUCAGUCAAAUGCGACUGAGGAAGAUCACUUGAUGUCACUUAUUAUGGACAGAACUAAUAUCACCACCCUUUCACAUACUGACGCCGUCAAGUUUCUAGAUCUUAUUGGUCUACCCCCCAGAACAGAAACUGAUCAACUUCUUACCCUAUACUUCAAGGACUGGGGUUGUAUAACGCCCUUGGUUAACAAAAGCGUUUUUCUCAAAAACUACCUAAAGCUCACUGAGAUCUUUGAUGACCGAUCAAUUGAGCCUACCUAUGAGUACUCAUAUGAACUGACUGAGAAAGUUGGUGCUUUGAUGGUACUCGUGUUGUCGUUUGGUAUCCUAUCUCAGAAAUUUGAACUCAUGAAAUGUGAGGACCAAAGCCGGUUACACUCCAAAGUGACCAUGCUUAGUCGCUACGAUAAAUUAAUUCAUGAGUUCAUCAAACCAAAUUGCAUCAUCACAAAGUUCUGCUCUCUACAAUCACUACAGAUUCUUGCGCUAGCACUUCAGUACUGCCUUGCUAUUGGGGAUGUCACUACUUGUUACGAACUUCGUGGCCGUGUUAUUUCAAUGGCUCAGCAACUUCGUUUGCAUAGAUGUCCCGCUGCAGUUUUGGGAUUGAAUGGUAGAGAUAUGAAUAACGUGCACCUACAGAACUUCAUGCAAGGUGAGCGUCGUAUUAUUUUUUGGUGCAUCUACUGUCUUGAUGCGUAUGCAUCAUUGAAUUUGGGUAUCCCAAGACUUCUAAAGGACUACGAGAUUGAAUGCGCGAUGCCAUUCAGCGGUAAAAGCGACGAUAACGAAGAUGAUAGAGAUCAUGAGAAUAUUUUGAUCGUUAACAACACCAAAUUGACCAUCUUCGGUAAGGUUGCUAAAGGAGCUCUUUGUCUCAUGCAAUAUUGUAAGGUGUUAGGCAACAUCAUGGAUUCUAUCUUCACAAGAUCUGGUGAUAUCGAUAUCACAGAAGUUGCAUUGGAAAAGGACAGGAUACUCGAAUGUUGGAGAAGAGACCUUCCUUCAGAGUUGAAGUUUGAUAUUGAUGUCAACGGAUUCUCACUACGAGAUCAAUCAAACAAUAAACUCAAUGGUGGCAUGGAAGGCACUAACUGGAGCAUAUACAGUAGUCAUCAGUUGGUGAUGAUAUUCUUGUACUACCAUGCCAAAGUGUUGAUCUAUUUGCCCAUAAUAUCAAAGUUUGGCUAUCAUCACAAUGUUGGCUUAUCAAUGAAAGAGAGACUUGCUCUGAAGCAAAGAGACGUGGCCAGCGUUAUUUCCAGCAUGACCAUGAUCCAGCAGUCAUCUAUUCAGAUUCUUGAAGUGAUGAAAAAUAUGUUUUCCAAAACGUCCUACAUGAUGCCUUUACCACUAAACAUACCACGAGAGCAGGCUCGCUUUGCUUUGCUUGUCGCAAAGGGCUCCCUAGAUUUUAUUAAGGGUGGUUCGCUUCAUCAGAAUCUGAAGAACCUUCUUUUGGAUACGCUUGCAGAGUUCAAUCGCGAGGUCGACAAGCAUAUCCCUGGUGGACUAACUGUCAACUCCACCAAACUCCUCGAACUAUCAAUAAUGUGCAUACUAGGCAUUACGCCGUCAUUGAAAGGUAGUAACAAUUUGAGAAAGAAGGUCAUGCUGGAAAGACCAAUAAUCAAGCAAGCUGUGAUACGAGAUUCCGCGUAUACCAACGUGCAAGAAAAUGCAAAUGCUAAUGGCAAUAGCUCUAAUCAAAUGCUGGCUCUAUCCGCUUUAAAGGCAGAGCCCGUUGAUCAGGCAAGCCUCUCAUUUUCAAACGAUUACAGCACGAUGGAUCUCGCUAACUCGAAUAGUGACUCCAAUGGCUCAUCGAAUGAGGAAACCCUUGAAGAGCUUUUACAUUUUAAUCCAUUUACUACGAACUAUAGCAAUCAGCUCACGACCACAGAUUUUGCCGCCGACGGAUCCCUCGGAUUAGUGCCUUUCCUUAAUGAGAACGCAGACGCCGAUUUCCCGAUGGAGGAUGACCAGAUGAGUGACCGUGCAGGUGAAGAAGGCGGCGCAUUCUCGUUUGGUUGGUAG